UCCGCCUACCAACCAACCUGAUUUGGGAUAAUAUGUACAAACCAGAAACGUCAAGCUGUGUUGCUAACUGACUGGCCAGCGUCUGAAAUGGAGAAUUCGUGGAUUUACACCAGGAACAACUCGGAUAAUGCCUGAAGAGCAUUCGGCUGAAGUCGUAAAAUGAUAUUUCGUGCACAACGUCGUUGACAGACUUCGUUAGCUUGCUAGCUAGCUAACUGCCCAAGUCAUGGGCAUUUCAGUCAGCUGACCGCCGAGCUCGCUAGCCAGCUAGUAAAGUUACAGGAGCGAGAAACGAGCUACUGUUUCCAUGAUAAAUGCUAUAGUGUUGUAUUAUUAUCACAUUAAAGUGUCUCGGUUCCGUUUUUGAUGCAGCGCAUGCAAAAGCACAUCAAGGAAGGACAUAGUUCCUUGAAAAAUAUGACAGGUUAACUCACUUAGCUUAGUUGUUAAAACUAACUCGGCUCUCGACUCGUCUAGACGAGUGAUUCAGAAUCGCAGUCACAAGGAGAAAUGUCACGGCUCUGUCAUCUUUUGCUCUCCUUUGGAUUCAUUCACAUUAUUCAUUCAGGGGUUGAAAUAACAGCGAUCACUCAGACUGCUGCUCAAACCCGUCACGCCACUCCCGUGUAAGUUAUGUGUGUCAGAUGUCAGGAAAUCAUUUGAGGACCCGUUGAGUUUUCACUACUUUAUCUAUUUUAGUGCUUGAAAGCAGGGAUAAUUUUGCUUGCAAACAUUUAGACACUAUGUGGCUUCAACAGAGGUUAAAGGGGCUCCCUGGUCUGCUCUCAAGCAGCUGGGCCCGUCGCAUGUUGGUUGGCUUGCUUGUUUUUCUCAUUUUUUAUUGGUACCUGAGCUCAGAUGGGAUCCUGAGGCUACUGAGCUUCUCUAGAGAAACUGGAGGAGCUGCUGGACUCUGUCUUCAGUCUGAUGUCAACAGAUGGACAGCACUGGUUGACCGUGGGGAGGGCAUUGUUCACACGCCCCAGAUGAAAGAGUCUGUGCCAUUUGUGACGGGUAACGGACAUUUCCUGGUCGACGUGGAUUCGAAUAAACUCUGGGUAACCUCGUCCUUGCAGCCAGGCUCGGCACCUGUGCACCAGACAGAGUUUUCGCCUAUAGUGAGAUGGCAGAUACCUGGGAAGCGCUCUGAGGCACAGGCAAAAAUGCUGUGGUACCGGAAGGGCUCAGUGCUGUCCACCAGGUGCGUCCUUUUGGGGAGUUCUCGGGACUGUGUCGUCAUUCGGGAAGAAUACAUAGCCCACCGUAGCAGACCUAACGUCUACCUUCAGAGGGUGCACAUAAGCAACCCCACAGACAAAGCAGUUUCAGUUGAGGUGUCUAUGGACUCACCCAAUUUUAGGAGUGUUGCAGAGAAGAUGGAUGACAAAGAAUUCAUGCUGUCCACUGGGAAGGUUCUCACAGAGAGGAAGGACAUAGUGUUGGUGGCCGUGGCCUCAAAAAGGCUGAGCGCGCUGUUCCAAGUUCCCGCAAAGUCUGACCACGCUGAAAAUAUAGUGAAUGUGAUUUACACCUCAGAGCCCAUUGAACCCUCCAAGGUUGACGAGACCUUUAGCAAGCUUCGAGAAGCUGUCAAGCGAGAGAUGGUGGAUGUGCUACGGGCCAACGUGGAAGAUCUAGUGCAGGAGCACCAGCAGGCGUGGAUGGAUCUUUUCAUAUCUGGUGUGGAGAUUAGAAAAAUAACAGACGCCCACACUCCAUCUAGCCAAACGGUCAACACUACCCUGUACUACAUCCUCUCUGCCUCCAUGGCGCCCCUGCUGGACAGUGGUAUCACUGCAGAGGAGCAUGAUAGGCUAGAGUCUAGCCUGAACUAUGCUGACCACUGCUUCAGCGGCCACGCAACCAUGCACGCUGAGAACCUUUGGCCAGGGCGGGUGAGCAGCGUGGCUCAGAUCCUGCAGCUGGUCAAUCUCUGGACCCUGACCCUCCAGAAGCGAGGCUGCAAAGUGCUAGUGGCGGCCGGUGCACAUGGCCUGAUGCAGGGCACAGUGCUCAGCUUUGGCGGCCUGCAAUUCACAGAGAACCACCUGCAAUUCCAGGCUGACCCAGAUGUCCUGCACAACAGCUAUUCACUGCGUGGCAUCCACUAUAACAAAGACCUGAUCAACCUGGCUGUUCUGCUGGACACAGAGGGCAAACCUUUCCUGCAUGUGUCCGUCAAACCCCAGGAAAAGCCGGUCAAGCUGUACGCCUGCGAGGCUGGGUGCAUGAACGAGCCUGUGGAAUUAACAUCCGAGGUACAAGGCCACACGUUCCCAGUGAUGGUGACCCAACCCAUUACGCCUUUGCUGUACAUUUCCACGGACCUGACGCACCUGCAGGACCUCAGGCAUACACUGCACGUGAAGGCCAUCCUGGCACAUGAGGACCACAUGGCCAAACAGUACCCGGGGCUGCCUUUUCUCUUCUGGUUCAGUGUGGCCUCCCUCAUCACCCUCUUCCACCUCUUCCUCUUUAAACUCAUCUACAAUGAGUACUGUGGGCCAGGCGCCAAGCCGCUCUUCAGGAGUAAGGUAAUGAAGACAAAUGAAGAAACGGAACUGUAGGAUGAAGGACUUUCAGAGAGUGAGAAGAACAACGGGUAAAAUUCAUAUCAGCCACCAUGAUCACCGUUCAGCACAACUUUACAUCACAUAUAUUAAAGAGUGCCGUGUUUCCCAGCUCUUAUCUUCCUGCUCUAACACAACUUAUUCAUUUGAGCCCAAGACUGAUUAUGAUAAGACUAAUUAUAGGACAUAAUCUGAGAAACACAGUCUAUGUGAAAUGAAUUUAGUUUAAUUAAAUUCAAUUGAAAAGUAGAGUCUGAUGGCAUCCAUUUAAGGCCAUAAUCUCUUAAUCUGCGGGGUAACUAUUCAGUUAUUACAGUCUUACUGUUAUGAAACUUAUGUAAAUCAUUUGGUAACUACCUUAAAACUAAUUUCUGUUAUGCGGUUUUGAAAAUAUGAAAUGUCGGUGCACAUAUGCACCCUUGCAUUUUAGGGGUUUUAAAAGAAACAUUAAUGUGUACAUGCUGUAAAACAGUUAUUGAAAAGUUUGAACACCCCUUGUCAAAUGACGUUUUGUUUUUUUUUUUAAGAGAAGGAUGUGAUGUUUUCCUUAACAUUUUAGUACAAUUUCUAUUUAUUUGCUGAGUUUAAUAUAUUGCAACAAAAUAUAAACACAUAAAAUGUGCCAUACCUUUUGCACAGGCCUCAUUUUAUAUUUGAUUUUUUUCCAAAAUGUUAAAUAAACAGUACUUGUGCAUUAAAUUGUGCAGACGUGUGUUCUCUGUAGAGGAUGUGUUAAUUUUAGCAAAAGCUGUCAUUUGACCAGGGGUGCCGAAACGAUGGCAAACAGGAUGUACUUUUAAGAAAUUCCACUAGGUGGUGAUGUUCUCAAUCAGUUCUACUAGAGAUUUUGGCUGCAGCCAAAACCACAUACUACCAUUCUGAAUAGUAGGCCUAGGUCAAAAAUAGUGCACCACCAAUAGAAGCCCAUUCAUUAGUGUAGUUUGUGUGGUAUAGUAGCAUGUGGUUUUGGGCGCAGCUUUAGAUUUAAUUACAGAAAUGUCUUUGUCAGGCUGUAAUGAAACCAAAUUUAGAAUGGAUUGCUUCAUGUGAUUAAAGUCUAAAUAAUUGAUGAUGGAAAGAGCAGCAUGACUAAAAGAGAAGGAAUUUUCAAAUGCUGUGAGCAGAAGUUUUUGUCAGUGACCCCCACACUAAUGGAGACUCACAAUGGACUCAACUUUGAAACAUUAGCGAAGGCAGCUAUGCGGCCAGUGAUGAGUGAAACCAAGCUUUUGAUUAUUAACUACUAGGAUUUUUCUCUUUUUUUCAUUUAUAACUAUGUGUUCCAGCAAAAUGAACGGUUGCUGAAGUGUGAAAAUCAUAUGAUUUACAUAUCUCAGUAUAUUUUGUUUUUAUAAUGACAUGACUCAGACAUUCAACGCUUAUCAAAUCUCCUAGAAUCUCUUUUUUUCACAUGUAAUGAAUACGUUUUCCAUGUUGAUGUUAGUCUGAUGCUGGAUAUUAGAAGUGUGACGAUGAAGAGGUGCAAAGCAUGCUUUUUUAAAUGUGAGCACCAAAAUCUUUUGUAUUAAGCUUAUAAAAAGUUUAUGUAGUCAUAACUUUUCAUACCCUUUAGAAAAAACAUGGUGGUCUAGGAACAAAUUAUUCUGGCACAACUCAUUGAUGCCAUUGUGGAGCAAUUCUAGAGCACUAAAAUAUCUUUUGUAUGAAGUAAACAUCAUGAAGUUAAAUGACAGUAACAUGCUAUCUUUUGCUUGUAAUAUAAAUGAGCUAUCACAGUAGGCAACAAUCAUUCAUCAUUCAUAUUGCACACACACACACACACACACACACAUAUACACUACAUAUAUAUAUAUAUAUAUAUAUAUAUAUAUAUAUAUAAAACAUAUAUACACACACUCAAACUACACUAUGUUUAGUGCUCCACCAAGAUAAGAGAGUAGUUUGCUAUUUUUCAUGUGAGGAACUGUGUGUUUGUGGGAUUGAACUUGUUGUGGUGAUGUAACUGUAGUUAUAUUAAUUCUUCUUGUGUAGUCAGAUGUAAAAAGGGGACAGCCUGAAGUUUUGGGGGAAGAUUGUGGGGAGUCCUGGGUGCUUGUGAAGGGUGGAUGAUUCUAUUGUGGCUAAAUGACUGCAUUGUUAGUUCCAUGAUAUCAUUGCCUUAAUAUGUGCUUGUAUUUAAAAAAAAUAGCUUUAUUAAAUUGUUUUUAGUAAAUCUGUAUUUAAAACACUGAAUUUUAUGUGGAUAAUUUAUGGGGAAUAUUAACUAUAUUAACUAGCUAUAUUGAUAUUUUGUAACAUUCAUGAAAAUCCUGUUUUUGAAGCAAACACUGUGAAUAAAGGGGAAUACAACAGCCGUAAUA